AUGCCUACCAGAGAUCAGGUGCACAACUUUGCCGCUGGGCCUUCACCCCUUCCUACCACCUGCUUGGAGGAGGCUGCGUUGGGACUUUUGAAUUAUGAAGAUACGGGUAUGGGUAUCUGUGAAUUGUCGCAUAGAGGGAAAGAGUUCAAGGCUGUCAUUGAAGGUGCGGAGGCCGAUCUUCGGUUACUCCUCCAAGUUCCCGACAACUACACCAUCCUCUUCUCCCAAGGUGGUGGUACCGGACAAUUCUCAGCCGUCGUCUUAAACCUCUUGGCUGCCCAUCGACUCGCCCAUCCUGUCCCUGCGGAAGAAUUCAAACCCCCUGUAUUAGACUACGUCCUAACCGGCUCAUGGUCUUCGAAAGCCUAUGCCGAAGCUCAGAGAUUAUGUACACCACCUUUCCCAAAUUGUCCUGCAUUCGGUCAACCUCGAAUCGCAGCCAGUACCAAAUCGACUUGUUGGACUCGUCUACCAACUAGGGAUGAAUACAAUUUCAGUAAAGAUGCAGCAUACGUCUACUAUUGUGAAAAUGAAACUAUCAACGGUAUCGAGUUCCCCCCCAAGCCAGAAGACCAAAGUGCAUUCCCAUUUGACCUGGUACCGGAGGGUGUAGAGAUCGUAGCGGAUUAUUCAUCUAGUUUUAUCUCUAGACCUAUACCGAACUUUUCACGACACGCAAUUAUCUAUGCUGGUGCGCAGAAAAACCUUGGUCCAUCUGGAGUCACAGUCUUAAUCGUCCGAAAUGACUUGCUGGUAGAUACGACGGAAGCUUCAAAAUUAGGUUGUAUACCUCCCGUACCAAUCACAUACGAGUACAAGAUCUUAGCAGAUAACAAGUCUUUGUAUAAUACUCCUCCUACUUUCCCUAUAUACGUUAGUGCAUUGGUACUGCAGCAUCUCAUCAAGAAUAAGGGUGGUUUAGAAGGAUUGGAAAGUACGAAUAAAGAGAAGGCCAGAAUCUUAUAUGAAACUUUGGAAAAUGCUGAAAAGAAAGGGAAAGUGAAACUCGUGGUGAGAGAUCCAAGUGCGAGAAGUUGGAUGAACGUUACAUUCAAUAUUGAAGGUGAAGGUGAAGAAAAGAAGUUCUUAGAGGGAGCGGAGAGAAGAGGUUUCAGGCAAUUGAAAGGUCAUAGGAGUGUUGGUGGUAUUCGAGCAUCAAUUUACAAUGCUGUUACGAUAGAGUCUGUCAAGCUAUUGUGUGAUUACAUCAACGAGUUUUGCAAUUAG